AUGGCGGGGACUGGGGAGGCACCAAAUCCUAGCCCCCAAGAUGCCCAAUAUCAGCCUCCGCAACAGUCUGCACAGAUGGGAAAUGCCAGCCCGCCCGUAGCAACUCCGUAUCAAAGCUUAGGCUACUUCACCGGCUUUCCUGGUCCCAUCAUGUUCCAACCCCCCAAAGCCCAAAGUAAUCGAAGUCGCAAGAAAUCUACGCCGGGAACGGACCAUGUAAAACACCGCCGAACUCGAUCGGGGUGUUAUACCUGUCGAACCAGACGAGUCAAAUGUGAUGAAACCCACCCCAUCUGUGAGCGCUGUCGUAAAGGCAAGAGGGAAUGUGUUUACCCUGAGCCUCCUUCGGCAAAGGGACAGGCCUCCGGAUCAGGUUCAUCGAAAGACGCGGCGGAGUACGGUCCAGAACACAGCCCGACGUCUUCGCAAGAUGAAGCAGACGAGGAAACGGAAAGAGGGAUAAAACUCGAGACGAUAGUUGACGAGGACGAAGCCGCGGAAUCUUUAUCGCCAGCGUCGCAUUCCGUGUCAGAGUUACGAAGAACCAGUACGGCGUCAUUCUCGAGUGCUACCAAGACCCUGACACGGCAGAGCUCCGAAGCGCCUUCGGUGGACACUUCGCCAACCGUAUCAGCAGGCACCCCUUCCAGCUUCACGAUAUCCUUUCAAGUUCCUGACCCUGCACUCCAGCUGACAGCUUCUCGACCGGAUUGGUCUCACCUCCCCACAGAGCUGCAGCACCACUUGGCGUGCUUUUGUGAUCACAUCACCCAUUUCAACUAUGGCAUGGUUAACGAUAUGGACGAUUUCUUCCACUCGAUACUACCCAUCCUAGCGGUACAGCCCGGUAACGAUGCGCUUUUGCACGCGGUGGUGGGGUUCUCGGCAUACCAUCGAACGGUUCGGGAUCCCAAUGGCAAGAUUCAAGAUUUCCUGCGCUACUACAACAAAAGCGUCACAUUGCUUCUAAACUGUCUCAAGAGGCGAGAGAAGCAGAGCAUCGCGACGCUGCUGACGAUCUUGCAGCUGGCAACUAUUGAGGAAUACCUAGGCGACUGGGUGAACCUGAUGGGGCACCAGCGGGCGGCGUUCGAGAUCCUGACGCGACUGUUCACGCCGCAGACCAUCAUGGACUCGCCCACGUCCCGCAUCCUGCUGACCUGGUACAUCCGCUUCGACGUCUUCGUGGGGAUGAUGGGCGGGUUCGAGACGAGCCUGCCGCGCGAGUGGUUCUCGACCGCCGUGCACUUCUGCCAGGGGCAGAUCGAGCAGGACCCGCGCAACCUGCGGAUGAAGCAGGAGCUCCACGCUUCGGCGCUGCGGCUGAUCUCGAGGGACAUGUCGAUCCUGUACGCGCGGGGCGGCCGCGGCGAGCUUACGGGCGAGGAUUUUGUGGUCGAGCACGAUCAGAUCACGAACCGCCUCUACGAGUGGAGGAAUAAACUGAAGCUGGACCCCGCGCUGACCGAUCCGAAGUACCUCGUAACCGAUUUCAAGUACCGGGUCCCGUUGGGCGAGAAGGACAUCAUAGACCCGUACAAGCCGGGCCAUCUGUACGACUUUCCGCUAUUCUGGACGACGGUGGUGGUGGCGGAGUGGCACUCGAUCCUGGUUAUGCACAAGAGCCAGGAAGCGUUUGCGCUGCAGCAGAAACCGUCGGAUGAGCUGAGGGGCUUGGCGUACGCGAUAUGCGAGAUCUUCGAGAUGGUGGAGUUGUGGCCCCCGGCGCCGAGCGGUGCGCUUAUACCCAUCCAGGCUUGCCUUGCUAUAGCGGCUUUGUUCCUCCCAAGGGAUGAUAGGCAUCACAUGUGGUUAAGACGGAAAUAUGCGAUGCUGGAAUCACUUGGAUACGUUUUCCCCCUUACCAUACGAGCCCGGAUGGCAGAGAUAUUCCGGGAUCCUUCUUGCAUACAGUGGUGGCUCCCGAACGACGAAGGUCUGAGCCCCGUCCUACGAAGUAUCCGCACGUUCGCGGACGAGCGCAAUGCGAACCCCGUCUCGCAACAGACGGAAUCCCUCCGCGAAAUCAGUGCCAUUUUCGCCAAGAUGCGCCUCAACCACGAGCCCGAAGAAGUGCUCUCACCCGGUGGAUCGAAUAGCGGCGCUUCAACGUUCUGA